UUGUUCCUAGGGUUUCCUCUCUCCUUCCACUGUUUAGAAAAAAAGGAAGGCAGGGGAGCCGCUUCGCUACCUUGGUUUGGUUUAGGCUUUGAUCCUGUGCUUUUCUUCGUCGCAGCGAUGGGCAGGCGGCCUGCACGUUGUUAUCGUCAGAUUAAGAACAAACCGUAUCCUAAAUCGCGGUACUGCCGUGGUGUCCCUGAUCCUAAGAUUAGGAUCUAUGAUGUUGGUAUGAAAAAGAAAGGGGUUGACGAGUUUCCUUUCUGUGUUCACCUUGUGAGUUGGGAGAAGGAAAAUGUUUCCAGUGAAGCUCUUGAGGCUGCACGCAUUGCUUGCAAUAAGUAUAUGACCAAAUUUGCUGGGAAGGAUGCUUUUCACCUACGAGUGAGAGUUCAUCCGUUCCAUGUUCUUCGUAUCAACAAAAUGCUUUCUUGUGCUGGAGCUGAUAGGCUCCAGACUGGUAUGAGGGGUGCCUUCGGGAAGCCUCAAGGGACAUGCGCUAGGGUAAGUAUUGGCCAGGUUCUUCUGUCUGUUCGCUGCAAGGACAACAAUAGCCAUAAUGCCCAAGAAGCAUUAAGACGGGCCAAGUUCAAGUUCCCUGGCCGUCAAAAGAUAAUUGUCAGCGGAAAGUGGGGCUUUACUAAGUUCAACCGUUCUGAUUAUGUGAAAUGGAAGAGCGAGAACAGGAUCAUGCCAGAUGGUGUCAAUGCCAAGCUGCUUGGAUGCCAUGGUCCACUGUCUAAACGUCAACCUGGAAGAGCUUUCUUACAGGCCACUUUAGCAGAAGCUUCUUAGAAACUUACCUGAGAGAUUUUGACCCAUGUUUAUCAUGAACAACCCUGUUAUUUUCAAAUUACUUUUGCAGGACAAUUCGUCCAGUUUUUUUUGAUCAGGUUGUGAUUCUGGGGCAUGUAAUGACUUCUAUCAUUUCACUUUUAUGCUUCAUAUUCAUACUAAUUUUCCAUUUA